AUACUGGAGGCCGUACUGGAGUAAAUCCUCGCCGAAGAAGAAGAUCAAAUGAAGGUAGCAUUUCUCGAGUCAAUUCACAUUUCAUCCAGUGAGUGAUCUUCUAAAGUGUCGAAAAAGGAAGAGCUGAAAGGUAGUACAGUAUUCAGAAAGUGAUCUGGGCCCGGCGCAGCUGAGCCAGUGAUUACCGAGAGGCCCUUUCUCUCUCUCUCUCUCUUGCACCCGAAAUCCCGUGAAAUCCCGCGAUACGCUCUGGCGAAGGAAGCAGCAAGGCUGUAAAGAAAAGUAAACGAGCCGUUGUGGGAACCUCGGUAAAGUGUGAAAAAAAAUCCAGCGAGUCUUCCGGUAGAGUUUUGAGGUAAAGUUAGAACAAGUGAUCAGAGUGUCGUUCAGAAGUGUGUUCUUUGUGCUGAUGUGCUUGGGGGCAUUACGGCGCGAUCUUAGCAGGGAUCACCCCGCCCAAGCGGAUGUCCACAUACCUCCGUAUCAAAAGUCGUGUCGUUCGAGAAGGAAGCGUUGAGGCGCCCUUCAUAAAACUACGGAGAGGAAGUGUACGGUGUACGGGUAAUGGCCGAGAAUAACCGCGCAGAAUACGAUCCGAGCGCAUCUUUUCGGAAGGACCGGUUCGGGUGCCGGUUUUUGAAUGGUGCGUGUAAGUGGAGCCACACACAGGAGCGGUGCCGAGAUACGGGCGUGUCGCCCAAGGAGGGAAAAGCGCCCCCUUAAGAAAAUGUGAAGCGUCGUCACUCAUUUCCACGUUGUUAUUUCCACCCCAAGCAGCCUGUGCGCAAGGAUCUUGGGAUAGCGGUGGAGUGAGUGAAAAGGCUGUUUGGAAUUUGGAGCGAAAAGAGUGCGCAAAGGGCGGUGGAGAUGGCCGCCUCGUCUCUUUCUUAACGGUGAUCUUACGGGCGAAGAAGUGCGAGUGAGGCCGAGAUGCGCAUGUUUUGAUGACCAAGCGAGAAGGAAAUACGCGGGCAAGCGCGCGCGUCGGCGGCAACGGCAACAACGGCAACGGCGACUACGACGGCGGUGUGGAAUGUUUGGUUAGUGUGAAAUUUGGAAAAAGUGAUGUUUACUGGCUCAAGGUACGCGCAUUGAAUGGAACGAGAUAGGAUGCGAAAGAGAGCGAGACGGAAAUAGAGGGAGAAAGAAAGGGAGAGCGCGUGUUUGUGUGGCCCAAUCGGUAACCGUGAGCGAGAGUGAGCAAGAGGGAGGUCUUGAAGUGUAGAGAGAGAAAAGGUGCAAAAGGUGCGCGAGGAAACGACUCCUGCGAACGCAACAAACAACCAUCGCCAGCGAUCCGGAGUCGUUGUCGUCGUCACGCGUGCGUUUGUUUUGCGUAGAGUGGUCCGUUUGCCGUGUUUCCCGUGUCGUCCGUGUUUUGUGUAAAAUGUUUUUCCGAUCCCUGUUGUUAUUGGGUGCGUGAAGAGGCGGAUGAUGCGCCACCCCCUCUAAAAGUGCGUUCUUCUUAGAUGAAGGAAUUUUGAGCAGAAAGAAAGCUAGUUCGCCGCCAGAAGACGAGACACGGUCCGGCAGCGUGUGCGUGAGAUACGAACGUGAUGCGUGCGUGCGUGUGUGUUGCCGCGGUCGCUUACUUGGAGUUGUUUUCGUCGUAAGCGCGCCCGCGUUUGAAAGGCGAUAAAAAUGGGAUCUUUUGUGCGUGUUGCCUAUAUGGAUGGGUUCGAAGGGCGACCGCCGCCGCUGCCGCUGCCGCCGCCGUCGCCGUAGCCGUUGCCGUUGCCGAAGCGCGUCCAACAAACGCAACGCGUACCACGUCCUUUGCUCCGUUUGCCGCCAUCCGUUCGCCGCAAAGAAAGAGAGAGAAUGAGAUAGAGGGAGGAGGGAAGAGGAAGGAAGUUACUCAGAACCAUGCGUUCUAUUUGUCCGCCCCGACAACCCCGAAGCGUGAUUUGUUCUCCGCUGGCUGCCUGCCUGCCGCCGUUCCACCCGAUGUGAUUCGCCCGAUGAAACAAACAACUUGGAGAAGGCUGUGCGGAUCGCUGAUAAAUGGCAUCUGCUGUUGUUUGGUGCGCAAUACACGCGCCAAGAUAUCGAUGUAGGCCUGGUCUGGUGGUGGAACAGCGACGCUAGAUGACGGUCCGAAUAAAGCGCCUACUGAUGUAGUCGCUUCCCGGACGGAGGACGGAAAAAAUCGCGCGUCUCUUGGAUUCGCGGGACCUGGGCAGUUUAGAUUGAAAAAAUGCUCCCUUGUCCCAUGAUCUCGCGAUGUUGUGGCAUGAUCGGCAGGCACAAGAUGUGAAGUUGGUUGUUGGUUGAUUGGAAGAACGCCAAACAACGCCAGAGCGAGCGCCUGAUAAUGAUGACGACGACCACGACCACGACCACGACGUCGACAACGACAACGACAACGACGACGAUGAUGUUGUUUGUUGGUCGGAUCCGCUUUAGUGUGUUGUCGGGAGCGGUACACGCGAUGCGACGAUGAGUAUUUUUAUCAAUGGAGGUCGUCUCAUGAUGCUGUUUCAGAUUGGGGCUUAUGGCCGCACCGCAGCGUCGGUAGCACCAGCGAAAGCAGUGUGGGCUCUUUCUUUCUCCUUUUCCACACCAUAUUCAGUCGCACGUGCGUUCUCGCUCUGGCGGAGACGGUCCUAUGGAAUGGAGAAUGAAAAAGGACUAGGAGAACAAGAUCAUGAAUGGGAGAACCCAAAGCCGGCCAUUACGUUCGGGGGUUUGUACGUAAGAACGUGCGUCCUCGUAGUACGCUGGAUGUGUACGAUGAGUCCCGAGGACACGGCUCCUUGGAUUGGAUCGCUGCAAGGAAGGAGCGUAAUUAGCCACUACUCCAGCGAAUCGAAUUGAAGGAAUGACGCGUAACGGCACAGAAAUAUACGGUGGGAGAGCAUCUACAGUGUGUCAAUGUAGAUUGUGAAAUCGAGAGCAUGUUUGUUCGAUGGAGACGAUUCCGCUUAGCUCUCACUGAUAGACAAAUAGCAAGGGGAAUGGAUGGGUUCCAUUUGUGUGAUAAUAGAUCGCAUACUUGGCCAUGAGAGUGAUCCUCGUGACGAGGCGAUGACGCUCCGGUGCUGACGCAAAGCAUCUAAUGGGGUAAAGUAUAACUAGCUGAUGUUUAACACAUGUUCGCAACGUCCUACUCACACCGGAAGCCACCAACCGGUCACACUGUUCUGUGCUGGAAGUGAAGGAAGGAAUGUCACCGGGGCUACCACCACAGCUACCAUCCGCUUAUCAGCGGUGUGUCGAUUUGUGUCGAGCGAAACCCGCCUAACUACUACCCCCUCUCCAGCACCCGUCGGCGAGUGCGACAGCCGCAAGCAGCUUCAUCGUCGUUGUACUCCAACAAAUGAUAAGCGGAAUGGGGAAGAGUGAUGGCGCGGGGAGAGGGGCCGGCGUGUUUGUUUUCUAUAAAUUCCACUGAGGAAGUAGUACUACCCAGAGCCGGGUUUGUCCCCGACUGGCGCGGGAAAUCCUCGGGCAAAGUGUUUGUGUGUGUGUAUGUGUGUGUGUGUGUGCUUAUCGAGCGAAUGGAAGGGGUGGGCACGCACGGGAACUGUGAGAUGGAACCACGAAUCGGAAAUGGCCGCGCCACCACCACCAUUGCGUCAGACCGAAGGAGCCCUUCCAUCCAUCCAUCCAGUCUUUUCUUCACUCUCACAUGCCCGGGUAUGCGCUGCGCCAUGGGUGUCAACACACUGUGUUGCCGCUGCGUUGAACUGCUGAAUAAUUGUUUGUGCACGCCAGCCAAGUAAAUUUACAAUUCCGCAAACAUACUACCCCCCACCCAUCCUACCACACCAUCAUACACACGCACACACGUGCAUUGCAAUAACCUGUUAUGAUCGAACUGGCGGACCCCUUCCCUUCCCUACUAUCGACCGUUGUUCAGCACGUUGUGACGUCAUGGGGCGCGCACAGGAUAGAAAGGUUCGGAGCGAAGAGGAGAUGGUGUGCGGGAAGGAGGGGGGGGGGCGGUCUGAGAAGGGGUUGUUUGUCGGCGAUCGACCGUUGCUCGUUCUCGCCCUCUCGGUCAUUGCUGGUGCAGGGGGGGUGUUGUGUUGUAUGCUCUUCGCUCUGCGCUUUUAUUUUCCUUCUUUUAUCAAGCCUCGCCCAAUGUCCAGGAGUUGACGUUGGUGGACGGCGGAGACAGGGUGGGUCACAGGGAAUGCAAUGUGUAUAGGGUCGCGGGUGCGCGAGCGCGCGCGCGUUCGUUCGCGCUCCUAUCUGUUGAUUUGAGCGCACUCGUCUCCCCACCCUACGUGCGCGCGCUUGUGUCGCUGUGUGUGUGUGGAUGUGUAUGUGCGCGCGCGCGCGUUGAGGCACCAGCAAAACAACAACCUCUUUCUUAGGCGCCUGGCGCCUAAUGGUGGCGACGUCGACGACGGCGGCAACUUCGAGAACGAGGCGGUUCCGAGAUAAAGAUCGACGAACGACUGCUCUCUGCUCCAUUGCGCAAUAGAAUAGCCGUGAAUUGUGGAUGGGGGGUGUGUGCGUGUGUGUGCAAUUCCGGUCGGAAUUUCUUGGAAGCCGCCCUAAGCUAAAUAUGCGACUGCCGACCGACCUGCUGGAAUGCUGGCGGUGUUGCGGUAACUCGGUGGCAGUGGCGAAGGUCGGUUUGCAGUCGAUCAUCGGCCGAGUCGCGAUCGCCGCCGCCGCCGCUGUCGCCGAUUCCUUCUGGCUCAUCUUGUUCACGCUGGUCAUCAUGUACACAUCCAAUUGACAACGUGUGUGCCGCCCUGACCUUUGGAAACGGGUCUGGGGCAGUAAAUUAUUCGCUAACGAACGUGGAACGGUCACACAGAACUGGCAAUACCGGCUGAUGGUUCAACUUGAAAGUCUCGUGCAGGUCAGAGCCUACUGAAGCGUGUUCAUCGCUAAAGGUUCAUGGUGAGCAUGGCCUGCUUGCGGAGCGGGGUGUGUGUAGGGACUCUGUGUGGACAUGUCACGCGGUAUCACACGAUAUUGGUAUCGCCACAUCGUGUAUUUCCAUUUUUCCGCAAUAGUCCCAAGAACUUCCAAAUCAUGAA